GCGCUAAAAAAAAAAAACCCAAAUAAAAGCUGUUUUUUCCUUCCUUCUUCCUCCUUUCUUUGUCCUCCUCUCCUCGGUUUAUGUUUUUUCUUUAUCCUAUUAAAUUCUAAAACUCUCUAUCUACUUUUUCUUUCUUCCGUUACUUUUCCUCAGAAAACCCAAAACGGAAGAAAAAACUCUAUACCCCACUCACGCAAAGGAACACGUUGAGAGCGUGAAAAAGUACACAGUACGAGAAGAUUGAAUAAAUAUUCUACUCAUAUCAAUAUCAAUCAAACAAACACUUGAUGGGUUUGGCAGAGCAGCAACGUGAGCACAACAACAAUGUCAUGAAAUGGUGGUUGCUGGUGUUAUUAUUAUUGGGGUUUUGGAGCUUAGUUGUUAAAGCUCAACACAAAAAUGCAUAUGCUACUAUGAUGUAUGUGGGUACACCAAGGGACUAUGAGUUCUACAUAGCAAUAAGAGUUCUGUUUAAAUCUCUUGCUCUUCUUAAUGUUCAAGCCGAUCUUGUUGUCAUUGCUUCUGUUGAUGUUCCUCUUCGUUGGAUUCGAGCUCUUGAAAAAGAAGAUGGUGUGAAAGUAGUGAGAGUGGAAAAUAUGGAUAAUCCUUACAAGCAUCAAGAUAAUUUUGACAAGAGAUUUAAAUUAUCAUUGAACAAACUCUAUGCUUGGAGCUUAUUGGAUUAUGACAGGGUAGUGAUGUUGGAUGCUGACAACCUCUUCUUACAAAAUACAGACGAGUUGUUUCAAUGUGGACAGUUUUGUGCUGUCUUUAUCAAUCCUUGCGUUUUCCAUACAGGUCUUUUCGUAUUGCAGCCGUCAAUGGUGGUGUUCAAGGACAUGGUUCAUGAAUUACAGAAUGGGAGAGAAAAUCCAGAUGGUGCAGACCAGGGUUUCAUAGCUAGCUACUUCCCAGAUUUGCUUGAUAAAACAUUGUUUCAUCCACCUCCAAAUGGCACCAAACUUGAUGGAACAUAUAGACUUCCUUUAGGCUAUCAAAUGGAUGCUUCGUACUACUAUCUUAAACUUCGCUGGAGCAUACCAUGCGGACCAAAUAGUGUGAUUACGUUCCCGGGGGCACCAUGGUUGAAGCCAUGGUAUUGGUGGGCGUGGCCUGUCCUGCCAUUAGGCCUCCAGUGGCAUGAAAAGCGUCUUCAAACUUUAGGGUAUGGUACAGAUAUGGCUGUGAUACUUAUUCAAUCAGCAAUAUAUCUUGGAAUAAUAGCACUGACUCGUUUGGCAAGGCCAAGCCUCUCAAAAUUAUGCUACCGCCGCUCUGAUAAGAGCAUCACAUUGGUACAAAACAUCCUCAAACUAGUAGCUCUAUGGAGUAUCCUUGCUGCAUAUAUAACACCCUUCUUCGUCAUUCCUCCGACAAUUCACCCAAUGCUAGGCUGGCCUUUGUAUUUCCUCGGCUCUUUGUCUCUAUGUUUGGUUGCAAUCAACGCUUUUCUUCUUCCAGUGUUACCGGUUCUGAUGCCGUGGUUUGGUAUUAUUGGAGUUUUAAUUGUCAUGGCGUUUCCUUGGUAUCCGGAUGGGGUAGUAAGAGCUUUAUGUGUGUUUGGUUAUGCAUUUUGUGCCGCGCCGUUUUUGUGGACAUCUAUUACAAGGAUAAUGGCUGGACUUCAGGUUUCCUUAGAAAGGGAAGGUUUUAUGCCUAGAUUAGGUGACUCUUCACCACCUUCUUGGUUCAACAAAUUAUAUUGAGGUGUCUAAUUGGGCAAUAUUUGCAGGAAAAAAGUCAGGCAAGGUUAUUGAAAAUUGAAAGGGGAAUACCCUACAAAAGUUUAUGUUAGAAUUAUUCACUGAUUUUUGGAGUGGGAGGGACACUUGCACUCAUCAGUAGGAGGAAGUUAAGAAGCUAUUGGUGUAUAUAUAAGAUUGUUUUGCCGUUGAUUAGAUAGGUGUAUGAUAUGCCUGAUUUGUUCAUGUAUUAAACUUUGUAAGCCUAUUAGACAGUUACAUAGGAUCAAAGAAAUAGACAUCAUUAAACCUUUAAACAA